UUCCAUUCUGAGUCCCAUUGACAAACGUUUCGACUCUAGCAUUGAAUCAUCUUUAGUGUUUAAUGUGAUUUAACUCAUAAUGAUCAAAAUGUAAAGAUGUACAGUUGAUUAAAUUAAAAAAAAUGAAAAAAGAAUAAUUCAAACAACAACUGAAAUUAUUGAUACACACGCGUAUACACACAUAAACGCAUACGCAUUACACACCACGAAUGACUAUUUUAAAAACUUCAAAGAAACCCUUUGGGGAAAAAAGGAACUUGGAACUUGGAGAAACAUUAAAGGGUGCGCCGAGUUUCAAAGAAAUUAUAUUGAAAAAUUAAAUUCCCUAUAAAAGUAAAUUGUCUUUAUUAUUAAACCAAGUUACUUUUCAAAUUAUUUUCAUAUGCAUUGAUGUUACCUAAGUUCUCAUUUUUUUUUCGUCAGGGCUGUAAAAUUACAAUAACGGAGUUACCUUAGACUUUGUACAUAUUUGUAGUUAUAUCAAAGAAUCGAUAUUUAUAUAAACAGUUAAGUAAAAAAUUUUCGUUAAUAAAUAACAUAUAUCAAAAAAUAAAAAAAUGAAAUCUUGCUGAUAUGAAAUAUAAUUAUAAACAACAUUACAGAUAACAUAUUAAUAUUGAACACUUGUCAAAAAUAUAUAUUAAUGUCAAUUGCUAUUUUCAAAAUUAAAAUGUCGUGUUUUGAAUCUUAGCGCAAUCAUUUUUAAAUUACAAGUUUUAUCAGAUAAAUGUAGCUUCAGCAUCAAGAAAUAACGCUGAGAAAUGUCUCUCUCGAGAACCAAGUGUAUCCCGUGAGGGCGUAUAUUGAAAUGAAGUUUCAACGCCGAGAAGGAAGAAAUGCGCUUGCGUGAGUCCUCCGUCCAGAAAUUGGAUAAAUUGAGCGUAUUUGGAUCUUAUAUCAAACUUUCACGAAAGUAGACAGUAUAAAUUAGGAAAAUUGCUCAGAACUUAUAUAAGAGAAAAAUUAAAAUUAAAAUGUGUGGAAUAUUUAAUCAACCAGUAAAAAAAAGAGAAAAACUCUCAUCGAUAUCUUCAGUCUCCACAGUAAUACAUAGAAGCUCGCAGAGAAAUGAUACGUCCGAUAAUUCUGUAUCACAGUCUCAAUAAAGUUCUGUUGCUUGCUGUCGGUAUAUGGCCGUAUCAUCAAUCUAAAUUUACUCAAUUUCAGUUUGUUUUUUUCUCUGCUACUUUAUCGGCAAGUAUUAUAGUUCAGCUGAUACCAUUAAUAAAAUUUGAAUGUACUUCAGACCUUGUUGUUAAGGUGAUGUCUUCCGUAUCUUUCUGUAUAGUAUUGAUAAUAAAAUAUAUUUUAUUCCAUUUUAACAUUGAAGCUGUAAAGAAUUUAUUCACGAAUCUUCAACAUGUACUGAACGAUUUAAAGAAUGAAAACGAAAUUGCUAUUUUAGAAAAAUAUAAUUUUAUCGCGAAAUGUUAUACAUUUGUGCUUACAGCAUUAGGAGUUGGCGUACUGUUUAGUUGUAUUAUAGCUCAAUUUUGGUCAGACAUAAGUAAUAUUAUUUUAUCGUUAAACACGUCUCAAUCACGUCAUAUACUCAUCCCGUCGGAGUACUUUAUUGAUCAAGAAAAGUAUUUUUAUUGGAUUGUAUUGCAUAUUUCAUCAACAUUUUGUAUCGGGACAAUUAUAAUGGUGGGAAUAGGCACAAUACUCGUUACGUAUAUUCAACAUACAUGUGGAAUAUUUAGAAUUGCUAGCUAUCGUAUCGAGCAUGCAGUCAACAUUAAUAUUCUACAAAAUACGCUAAAAAAUAAAAUUUUGAUGAUGGAGAGCAUAAUUCAGGCUAUCAACAUUCAUCGGCAAGCUAUAAAACUGUCUAAGCGAUUAGUGUCCACAUUCGACAUAAUGUUUUUUUGUUUCACGGGAUGUCUAAUAGCUUGCUUAGCUCUCAACCUAUUUCAACUUCUCCAAGUAGCGUCAUCUAAAAACAUUAUCGAUCUUUUCCUGCCAUUUACAUAUGCAACAACAAGUUUUUUAUACAUCUUUAUAUCCAAUUAUAUUGGACAGAAUGUAACGGAUCACAAUAAUCAUUUAUUUGUUACUGCGUAUAAUAUUCAAUGGUAUAGGACCCCUUUACAUAUACAAAAAAUGAUACUAUUUUUAUUGCAAAGUGGAACUAAAAAAUUUACUUUAAAAGUUGGUGGAAUGAUUCAUGGAUCUAUAGAAAAUUUUGCCAUGGUGAUAAAGACAUCGAUAUCUUAUUUUACUGUCAUAUAUUCUACACGGUGAUAAGGUAAUUUAUUAUAAAAAUAGUAGAGAUACUAGUGGAGUUAAUGAGAAAAUGACGGUAUUUAUCUUUAGAAAAUAGUUAGAUUUAUUUUUUGAACGUAUAAUGUAGAUAGAAAUAUUCAUGCUGAAAAGCAGAUAAAAGUUAUUUAAAUUAAGAUUACACUACUUCAAGUUUUUGCAAUCCAUUAAAAUCGAUUAUUGUAUUAACCCUAAUUUGAAUAUAAACACAUGUUUAAAUAUCUUAUAUUGUUUUUAAGUGAGUGUCUAAUCCAGUUUGUGAGCAAUGUAUUACAUAUUAGUCAUAAUUAAAUUCGUCUCGACAUUUAUUAAUUUAUAAAGUAUUUCCAUAAAUUAGUUUUUGUUAUUAAAUAACAUACAGUGAAAAAAAGAAAACAGUAUUGCCAUUACAAUAUAAUGGAACAAUAUAAUGAUAUAAUUGUAAAUAACUAUUAAUACAUUAAUAUUCAACACUU